UUGUCAUACCAGGUGUUUUGAGCCGAAGCUUUAAUUGUGCUUCCUACCUGAAAAGCAAAACUAACGUGUCAUAGCAACGAGGCCUUCACCCCUAAUAUCCAUUGCUUACUCGUUUCGAUUUUCAAGCAUUGUCGUUGUUCUCGUGAGGUUUCAGUGUCAUAGGAUGAAAUUGCAAGCAAGCUUCUUUUUUAUAACCUAGAAACUCAUCCUUUUAUUUACACAAAAGAAUGCUUAAAUUCCAACUCGCCACGGCGGCUGACCUUAAGGUCGCUGCAGCCGUUGAAAGAAGAAGACAAAUUGAAGAAGCUCGAAAAUCGCGAAUCUUCAAUCCUCGGACACGAAAAAUAGGGGUGGACAAAGAAUUUUUGGAUAAACAAAUAGAAGAAAAGAAACACCAGCGUGAUGUCGAAAAGGCGAAAGAGCUUCAAAUGGACGAGGCUCUUGUACGCAAUAGCAAGCUUGCAAUAUUGUUGGAAAGAAGAGAAGAAGAGGAAAAGAAGAAAAUCUUGAAGGAAAUCAAUGCGUAUCGCCAAUUUUAUCAGCGUCCAGAAGAUCGACGUGAUUAUGAUCUCUAUGAUCCAGAAGGUUUAAAAAAAACUUUACAAGCAACUUUGGAGUGUGGUGAUCCCAAGUUUGGAUCUUCUUCGCAGGUAUUCCAAGGGGAAGAUUGCAAAAUGCAGGAACGUCUGAAAGAACAAAAGGAACAAAUGCAAUCUUGGGUAAUGCAACAAAUAAGCGAACGUCGUGCAGCUGAAAAGGAGCGUCGCGACGCCGAAAAAGCUUAUCAAGAAGCAGUGGUGGCUAGAGAUAAGCGUGCAAUUUCUCUUGAACACAUGGAACAAGAUUGUCGAAGAAGACUGAAUGAGGCUACUGCCAGAUUCAAUAGGGCUCUUGCGGAUGAACAAGAAUAUCGAAGGCGAUGUGAGGAAAUCCAGGAUGAAGAGGAUAAUCGAGCUGAAAUUUACAAUCAUGUUACUGGUGAUUUCCUCACAGAAGCUAAAGAACAAGCCGAAAGUAAUCGUGGCCCCAACAAGCCUCUGGCCUCGAGAUACAAGGGCAUGACCUCCGAAGAACUUAAGGCAUACCGAGAGGAACAAUUGCGGCAAAUGGAGGACAUCCAGAAAUUAAAAAUGGAAGAGAAACAAAAAAAUGUGGAUUGGAAUCGACUUAUGGCCGGAAAUGCUUACGCUGCAGAAACCUAUCAUCGCGAAUUGGAACGAAAAAAAGCGCAACUGAAUAAGCAAAUUGCUGAAGAAAACCUGCGACUUGCCGAACAACAGAAAUCUCAACAAGAAUAUUUGAAUCGAGUUAUUUACAAAAAUAGACCCAGUCGGGAAUUUUUCGAACAAUUUAACAAAGGCACGCGCUAA